CCAUGGUUUGGUCGCAAUAAGAUAUUAUACUUGGGUCAUGAAGUAUCCGAGGAAGGGAUUGGUCGAAAGAUGUGAAGGUGGCAAGUAUUCGAGACUGGCCACGACCUCAGACGGUCACUGAGGUCAGAUCUUUCUUAGGAAUGUGCGGCUACUAUAGGAACUUCGUAAAUAACUAUUCUACAGUCGCCUCUCCUUUGACAGAUCUAACUCGACUUGACACGCUGUGGGACUUGAGUGAUGAGUGCGAGGGUGCUUUCAAGCGAUUGAAGCAUGCACUCAUGAAUCAUGAAGUUCUCAUGGUUCCCGAUCCUCAGAAGCCGUUCAUAGUGACCACUGACGCAAGCCAAUACGGCAUUGGCGCAGUGCUGGCUCAGCAGGAUGGGAAGAAGUUAAGACCGAUUGAGUACAUGAGCAAGAAAAUGCUAUCGAAGAAAUUGGCAAAGUCCACCUACGAAGGGGAACUCUAUGCUCUCUACAAGGCACUUGUCCAUUGGAGACACUUCCUAUUGGGAAGGCUCUUCUACGUGAUGACUGAUCAUCAGACCCUCAAAUGGAUCAAGACUAAACCGGCUCUUUCUGACGCACUCAAGCGAUGGAUCGAAGUCAUAGACCAAUAUGACUUUAAGCUUGAGUAUCUGAAGGGAGAGUACAACAAGGUUGCAGAUGUGCUAUCACGUAGGGCAGACUACCUAGGUGCGCUAGUUUCUGACUUUGGUGUAUCUAAAGAAGUAACCCAAUCAUUGGUGGGAGCCUAUCAGGAAGACCCUGUCACGAUGAACGUCAUGCGCGAACUUCAGGCAAAAGACAAGGUCACAGAAAGUGAGUUUGUGAUGGUGGAUGGACUACUUUAUCUUGAUAAGACCAGUGUUAAAAGGCUAGUAGUUCCAUCUAGUGAACGUUUGUGUAGUUUGUUUUUAGGAGAAUGCCAUGACGCAACCAGGCAUUUUGGUUACAAAAAGACGAGUGUUAAUCUAGUACAUCGAUUUUGGUGGCCUGGAAUGCUAGAUGACGAGAAAAAGUAUGUAGAGACCUGUCAGGUCUGUCAACGGGACAAGCCGCAAACUCAAGCACCGCUUGGGUUGUUGAAGCCCUUACCUAUCCCCGCUGGUCCAGGACAGAGUGUUUCCAUGGAUUUCAUGGAUACCCUGGUAACCAGCAAGAGUGGCAAGAGGCACAUCUUCGUCAUCAUUGAUCGAUUCACCAAGUACGCUAGACCAGUUGUCAUGCCAGAGACCGCAACAACGGACCAUGUCAUCAAGUUGUUCCAGGACAACUGGGUGUGUGACUUUGGUUUACCAAAGACAAUCGUUAGUGACAGAGAUGUCCGUUUCACAAGUGAGCUAUGGAAAAAGACUGCUGAGCAGAUGGGCAGUCAACUUCACAUGACUUCAGGGAAUCAUCCCGAAACCAACGGACAGGCCGAGCAAAUGAAUAGAGUUGUACAGCACUUGUUGAGGCAUUACAUCAAGCCCAGCCAGGAUGAUUGGGAUGAGAAGUUGCCUCUCAUCGCCAGCCUGUACAACAACGGUAUACACAGCAGUAUCGGCGUUAGUCCUAACCAGCUGCACUUGGGAUGGAAGCCUAUAUCUGCUAUAGAAUUCCUCCUACCUGAAAACCGAUCCUUUGCAACUCCAGGCACACUUGAGUAUGGUGUGCAGUAUGAGAAGUUGUUGCAGUAAGCUGUCGAGCAUAUUAAGAAAGCUCAGCAAGCAAUGAUUGCUUCUGAGAACACGCAUCGACGACAG